ACGUAAAGGUCUUGCAGUUUUGGUGAAGACGAAGUCAGUAAGUACUGACCCUUACAACAAACAAGGGGCAAAUGUCUGUAGCAGACCAACAACAAAACAUCUAGCGACACUAGCGAGCUCUGAUUAGUAUAUUAUUUCUCCUAUUGAUAUAAAAUCUACAGCGAUGACAUCCGACAGACCAUUUAAACAAAGGAGGACAUUCGCUGAUCGUUGUAAAGAAGUGCAGCAAAUUCGUGAUCAGCAUCCCAACAAAAUCCCAGUAAUCAUUGAGCGAUAUAAGGGAGAGAAGCAGCUGCCUGUGUUGGACAAGACAAAGUUUCUUGUCCCUGACCAUGUCAAUAUGAGCGAAUUAGUGAAGAUAAUUAGGCGCCGGCUACAGCUCAACCCCACUCAAGCCUUCUUCCUCCUGGUCAACCAGCACAGCAUGGUCAGCGUGUCCACACCCAUAUCGGAGAUCUAUGAGCAGGAGCGUGACGAGGACGGCUUUCUGUACAUGGUUUAUGCAUCUCAGGAGACCUUCGGCUGCUAGGAGUGAAGCCUGGUUAGAGCAAGGAAGACAUGGAUGGGUAGAGAGGGAAGGUUGGGUAGAGUAAGGUCUCUACAAGCUGUUCUCGCUCUCUCACCCUCAUGGGCGAUGGAGUUCCCCUUAAGGGUAAUUAAAUAGACAACACCAUAACCACAUCUUGUCAUGACACUACAGAACGGUAUGUGCAACACCCCCAUCCCCAAUUAUUAGUCUUUGUCCUUGAGUCAUUGAGGUUAGUGAUUGUGGCCCCUUUGUGGGGAUUUUUUGUUAUCUAUGGAACUGGGACCUGGUGUUAAAAGAUGGAAAUGCUACAAAAUCGUGAUUGUUUUCCAGGCAAAAGCACUUUUGUAGUGUUUUUGUGGAGGGUGUCUUUAAUCAGAGGCCUUUUCACAUGUGGUAAAACAACAGUUACUGAUCUUUUGUUGAGUUUUCCGGACUAUUGUUAGAACCUACCCACUAUAAUACCGGUGUCUGUUAGCCAAUCGUGCAAAUUAAUAAACUACUUGAUGUUCAAAGACCAUCCUUAUCCCUAUACUAAUAUGUUUUUUAAAGUUUUUCUCCACACCCCCUCCAUUUUCAGAUCAGAUUAAUCAUAUUGUGAUGGUGAAGGCUUUUUCAGUAGUCUGCCACAACAUUCCGUCUUUGGUAGCUGACUGGUUCCAUAAGCAUGACGGAUAUAUCUGUACAGUUAUACACAGUGGGCUGAAAAGGUUUGUACACCAUUGAUUGAACAGAAAUGUUUCCAAGACAUAGGCAUAAGAUCGUUGACUUGUCAAACAAACCCUUUCAUUGAGCAAUUGUAUUAGAAUAAAGUAAAACAUCAUCCCUCUUUUUGGGCAUCCAUAUAGCUCAGUAAUUAUAUUUUAUAGUCAUUUUGUUAAUCUGUCAACAGUGUACAAGCUUUUAUGCCACUGUUUAUGUGGUGAGAAUGUGCACUUUGAUAUAGGCUUGUAGGUUACUUAGAACCAAGUAGUGAAAACUAAUUAUUGUAGAAAUAUGCUUCUUUGCAAAAAUAUAAAUUAAUAUAAUUUUAAUAACAAGGCUCAAUGUUGACUUUAGAAAUAAAUUACUGUAACAUUUUUGUAUCUGAUAUUCUGUCCUUUAGAACACUAUGCCUUUGGUAAAUUUACUUUUGAAACAAAGGGUUUGUGAUGCAAUACAUACCUGCAUGUUUUGACUGGUCUAUAUACCAAUUUAUCCAAUAUAAGUUUUAAAAUGUAUUUGUAGAAUUGUUUCCAAACCAAUAACUGAAAAGUAUGUUGGACAAACGUGUGUGUAUAAACCAUCAAGUAAUCAAUAGUUGUCUUAUUUACGUCCUUCAAUUGUAACUAAUUCAUGGAGUAUUGCAUUGCUACAAAUCUUGUUUGCCAAUGAAGAUGUUGCCUUGAUAAGUUGAUGUUGUUGAAGUUGAUUGGGUCAUUGAAUAAACAUACUCUCUCCAUUUCA